AGGACAUGUUGCUGCAUGGUUUUAUACUAUAUAUAUCGUCAUUACUUAGUAUGACAUUGACAUAAAUUAAGAUCAAAUAAAAAGAUUUACUAAAUGAACAUGGCGGACGAUCUGGUCAUAAGAUCAGCAAUUUUAGAAGAUUAUCGGGGUGUUAUGGAUAUUGGACAUCUUUAUGGAGGACGAGAUUAUCUUCCUGCAAUGUAUGAAAAAUAUUUAAAAUGGUUCAACUGCUAUGUUGGUGAAAUAGAUGGUGAAAUUGUAGCUUUCCAUGCAGAUAGAUUGGUAGAUGCCGGUGAAACUUUAGCAACCGCGGCUGCACGUGUUAAAGAGGGUUACCAAGGUCGAGGAAUUUUAGCAGCCAUUUUGAAACAUGUGCACGAUUCGUAUAUAAAUAUGAAGACGGUAAAAUAUGAAGUUAUGACAAUUAAUAAUAUUAACGUGAAUGGUGAAAGAAUAAAACGAAAGUUUACACAGAUUUUAGAAAGGGUAACUGUGGAGAUAAUUGGAGAAGUAGGGGAUUUUAAACCAAAUAAAAUUGAUUCUGAUCAAACUAGAGUUCAAGAGCUGACAUCAGAAGAUUUGAAGGAAAUAUUCCAAUCUAAAGAAAUGUGUUCCAAAUUAUUUCCGGGAGAAAGAAUUGUGCCGAACUGCUAUCCCUAUCGUCUGCUACCUGAGAAUAUUCCUCUAAUGAUGGACGGGUGUCAAUUCUGGGGCACUAAAAGUUCUGAUCAAUCGAAAUACACGACACUGACUGUUACAGAACAUUUCAAGUUAAGAAAUAGAUUGAUGUUCAAACUUUGUAUUUAUGGGAGUGACGCAGUUGAUAUACAACAACAUUGUCUGAAACAUAUACAUAAUCUGAAUAUCUUGGUUAAAAGCGGAACAUAUACGUCUAUUAUGAUUCACAUAACUCAUUCACUAGAUUGUCAAGAUACCGGGACAUUUUUAUCUACGUUUGAAAAGAGUGGCCUUAAAAUUAACGAUGAUUUGGCCGGGAAUAGGUCGAUAGUAGUUGAACGGGAAAUAAGAUAAUUUUAAAAACAAGAAAUGAAAUGAAAUGGGGUUUAACGUCCUACUCAUAUACUGGGCCAAUGAAGACGGGCAUAUGCCAUACAGUGUGCUAUGAGGGAAAUUUUGCCCGGGCAGCGGCACUAUCGCCUACUCUCAUAUCGAAUUCCAACUGCUUCAAAAACAAGAUUAAAGACAGAAAUAUCUGAAUAUUACCAUUUUGAGAUUUUAACGUACAGAAAGGUGGUAGCGCUUUCACUGUAAUAUUUAUUCUAUUAAAGAUACAUUAUUUGAGAUUAGAUAAA